AUGUCUUCCACUUCAGCCCAAGAAAUCCCUGAGAAGGCACCUGAUGAUUCUUCCAAGCUGAAGACUUUCUUGUCCAUCCUCCGCAAGUUCGUCGGAGUGGCCGACAUCGCGUCUGUUCGUUUCUCGUUGCCAGCGCAUCUUCUAGAACCCACGCCAAAUCUGGAAUAUUGGAAUUACCUAGACAGACCGGAGGCCUUCGCAAGCAUUGGUCAAUCGGAAGAUCCGCUGGGACGCACGCUGGAGGUUCUGAGAUUCUGGUUUACCAAGGACUUGAAAUACAUCAAAGGCAAACCAUGCAAGCCGUACAAUUCUACAUUGGGGGAAUUUUUCAGAUGCACCUGGGAAGUAGAUCAGACGCUCCCAGAAGUCUCGCCGACUCCAAAAGCUUUCUCCAACGCAAAGGACAGCAGCACAGAUCCCGUCAAGAUUUGCUACUUAACUGAACAAACAUCUCACCACCCUCCGGUUUCUGCCUUUUUUAUAGACUGCCCGGAUACAGGGGUCUCUGCGCGUGGUUUUGACCAGAUCAGUGCCAAGUUCACAGGCACCAGCAUCCGGGUCGCUCCUGGCCAGCACAACCUGGGAAUCUUCGUCAACUUGAAAAACAGAGAUAAUGAGGAAUACCACUUGACCCAUCCUGCAGCACACCUUGGUGGUCUCCUCAGAGGCGCUUUGGCGAUCUCUGUCUCAGACACUUGUUACAUUACUUGCGCCAAGACGCGCAUCAAAGUCAUUUUACAGUACUUGGAGGAGGGCUGGAUUGGUCGAGCGCAGAAUAAGGUUGAGGGUGUGAUCUUUCGAUACGAUCCGGAUAAGGACGUCACCACGAGAAUCAAAGAUGUACCCGAAGGCGAUGUUCUUGCCCGGAUCAGCGGUUCUUGGCAUGGGCAAGUUUUCUACACGUUGGCCGGUACAAACGAACCUCGGCUUUUGAUCGAUGUCACACCCCUCUUCCCAGUCGCGAAGACGCUGCCUCCGGAAGAGAGUCAACUAUCCAACGAAUCCCGCAAAUUUUGGUCUUCGGUUACCGAAGCUAUCGUCGACAAAAAGUACGGCCAGGCUACCAAGCUCAAACAAGACAUCGAAGAGCGACAACGGCAAAAGGCCGCAGAGCGUCAGAACAAGAACGAAACGUGGCAGCCUCGUUUCUUCACCGGCGCUGUCACGCCUUUGGGAAGACCUGAGCUAACAGAUGAAGGGCUGAAGGUACUCGAUGGGCUACGCAGCGGUGAUUAUAGGUUGGACGAGAGUCUUACAAAGGGUGCAUAG